AUGCUAUCUACAUCGGUACUUCUUGCUGUCAUCUGUGCUCCCCUCAUUCUUGCUGUUCCAUCUCCCACUGAAACCGCAAAGCGCUCUACGUGCACUGUGGAUUCUGUCUCAUCCGCCUCUGACCUGUCUGACUGUUCCUCCGUCGUGAUAUCCUCUUUCACGGUCGCUGAUGGAGACACUGUCACUAUGAGCUUCGCAAAGGGUGCCAGCGUCACCAUGACGGGAGAAGUGACCUUUGCUAGCACCACGGCAUCCGGCCCUCUAAUCACAUUUGAGGGAACAGACGUCACGUUCGACGGCGAUGGCAAAACUUUCAACGGCAAUGGCGCGGACUAUUGGGACGGAGAAGGCACAAACGGUGGGAAAGCAAAGCCACACCCAUUCAUGAAAAUUAAGGCAUCUGGAACGUUUGAAAACUUCAUUGUUUUAAACACCCCGGCGCAAGCCAUCUCAGUGGGAAAUGACGCCGCUUUGACCAUCAACAAGGUGACAGUGAAUAACAAGGCCGGCGAUACUGAUGAUCUCGGGCACAACACCGAUGGAUUUGAUGUUUCUGCGUCCGAUGUAACAAUCACAAAUUGUGUCGUCGAGAAUCAAGACGAUUGCAUUGCCAUCAAUUCGGGAUCCAACAUUGUUUUCAAAGACAACACAUGCUCUGGUGGACAUGGAAUGUCUAUCGGCUCUAUCGCAUCCGGGAAGACAGUAUCGGGCGUCACGUUUUCGGGGAACACUGUAACGGACUCGAUGUAUGGCACUCGUAUCAAGGUGGAUGCUAAAGCUACCAGCGGUGGUGUGAGUGAUGUCACGUAUUCCGGCAAUACAAUUUCUGGCAUUUCGGAGUACGGCGUUCUCAUCACACAGUCCUAUCCCGACAAUGACGGUACUCCCGGAACCGACACCACGAUAAGCGAUGUCAACUUCGUGGACAGCGCCACCACUGUCUCUGUGAACUCCGGUGCUUACAGGGUAACCGUGGACUGUGGGAAUUGUGACGGUAAAUGGGAUUGGUCCGAGCUGACUGCAACCGGAGGGGACGCAGGUACUAUAAGUGCUGAAGACGCCACGGUGAGUUCCUUUCGAAGCGUUAGCAGAUAA